AUGAAGUAUACCAUCCAUGAAACGGAUUGUUUCGCACCUCAUCGUCUAGCUAUCGUGCCAUAUAUUAGGGAUAUUCUGCUAGAGGGUGGCGAGUAUGACAACGGUUUAGCCAAAGCCACGGAUAUUGAAGCAGCUCUCGAUGCGUGCGAUAAUAAAAUUUCUCAAGCGGAGCUUACUGUCUUGCGGGAAAUACUCAACAAGGUUUUGAAGGGCGAUGCGGUAACCGUUGCCGAUACGACUGCCGCUGAAGCAGCAAUGCUUAGGAGAGGAGGGAGAGGAGGAGGGAGGGGAUGUGCAUAG